GUGUUACUUGUUAUUGUGUCACUACUGGUUUACUGUGUCUUUUAUUCAUUUAAUGGGAUUGUUCUACUACUUAAAGGGGCUUAUCAGUGAAGCAUCAGGGGUUAAGAGAAGGAUGAUCUGCCAUUCUGCUAUUAUUUGUUAGUAUAUUACCUGUAUAUUACUUCUUCACUGUGUCUGUUUUAUUAAUCUAAUGGGACUAUGUUACUAUUUAGUGGGGCUAGACUAGUUUUAUUACAUUGUUAAAUUGGAUUUGAUUCAACACAAGGUCUUAUUGGAUUAUGUCCUAUUGUUUUGAUGAGCUUACAUAGGCUGGCACAUUAGUUGGUGAGACCUUUCGGUUCUUUGCCUGACGGUUCGCUCUAGCAUGGCUCAUAGGGAAAGGUCAUCCAGGAGAUCUUCUCAGCGGUGCAGCGGAAGGAUGUGGCCUGGCUGGAGGAGCUGUGUCAGGGCGGCCAAGAGGUGAACUGGUGGGAGGUGCGGCACAGCAGAUCAGGCGACACACCCCUACACGUAUCAGCAGCAGCAGGCAGUCUUGAGGUGGUGGAGUGGCUACUAAUGCAUGGCUGUGAGUGCUGUCUGGAGGCGCAGAACCAUGACCGCAAGACACCCCUGCACGCUGCCGCCCAGGCCCUCCACCUUCCUGUUGUUGAGGCGCUGCUGAGACAUGGGGCAUGUGUUGACCCUUUGAAGCGAGCAGACUGGACGCCGCUCAUGCUGGCCUGUGCCAAGAGAGACAGUCAGCCAGUCAUCCAUUGGCUCAUCCAGGAAGGUGCCAACCCUCGCCUCACCAACAAGGAUGGAUGGUCGCCCUUCCACAUAGCCUGCCGGGAAGGGGAUGAAGAGGUGGUUGGGUAUUUGUUGGAUGUGGAUGACACCCUCUGGUCCACUGUUAGUAAGAAUGGGAGGACUCCACUGCACACGGCUGCCCUCCACGGACACCCCCCCAUCGUCAAAACUCUUCUAACCCGCGGACAAUACAAAACUGAUGAACAAGACUCCUGCGGCACAACCCCCCUCAUGGAAGCCCUACGCAUGGGGCACCUCGACACUGCUGACCUCCUCCUCUCACGACACGGGACUGACCUCAGGGUGCGGGACAGGAUGGGGCGGACCGGCCUUCAUGUGGCGGCCGAGGCGGGUCAGGAGAAGGUGGUGAGGAGGCUGGUGACGGAGCUGGGAGUUGAUGUUAAUGUCAAGUCGAGUCAAGGCCAGACAGCAUUGCACAGUGCUGCCAGGGAGGGCCACACACCCCUAGUGGAGGACCUGGUGGAGCUUGGUACAGAUGUCAAUGUUCAGGAUGAGAAUGGAAGAACAGCACUGUGGCUUGCAUGUGCAGGGAGGAGGAAGGAGUGUGCCCAGCGCCUUGUCCAGCUGGGGGCACGCGACACCCCUGACCACGCCGGCACCACACCUUCUCAACUGCUGCCACUCUGAUGGGACAUUUGUAGUGACCCGCCUGAUGUGGAAAGCCUCCCAAACUCACUCCACCAAGGGGCACCUCUUUGGCUGACCGGUUAAGGAGUGGCUUUCCCAUUUAUAGCCAGUCGUGGAUUUGAUCUCCGGCGCCAGUAAAACACUUUUCGGAUCUGGAUUGAUUUCUCGUGUGUUUCAUGACAUGCAGAGGUUAUGUGGAUGUAUGGUAAAGUGAGAAGUCAGUGGCAUUAUAUGGUGCCACAACUACUGCCACUGUUGUUGUUGUUGUUGUUGUUAUAUUCACACAUACUGCUGCUGCUAUUUUGGGUGAAGGGAAUACAUUAGGAGAAAAGGGUAUACAGGGUGGGAAGGGCUGCUUUUUCUAUGACUACUGCUAUUACUACUAUUACUUCAACCACUGUUACCACUAUUUCUGGCUAUGAUGUGCCUAUAUAUGUGCCUUGUGAUUAAUCUAGUUUGUUGAGUUGUAAUAAAAGUUUUAAUUAUCUCGUCGGUUUAAUCGUUGUUCAAAACAUGGCCUGGUGUAGUAUUUAAUCCUCUUUCUCUUCAAUGAACACAGCUUGCUCCUCUUUCUCCUCCUGCUUCCUGUUUCCUCUUUCUCUUCAAUGUACACAGCCUAAGUAGAGUAUAUAGAUGCAUCAACAACAAUCAUUAACCUAUGCACUAGACAGGUCCUUCGGCUAACAUUCAUCUUGUAUAGUUUGGGACACAAGGCCGUAUUACAAGUCAAACCCGGGAAGUUUUGGGUCCCUACAA